AUGCUCUUCUUGCUACUUCUUCUCCUCCUAGCGGCCGUCCUCGCCCUGGCGGCCAUUGCAAACCGAAAAUCCGCCAUUCCAGGCGCCCUCCAUCUUCCUACCUUCCCUAUAGUCGGCCACGCUUUUCUCGUCCAAAACAACCCGGCAAGGGCCUUCAUGGAAUGGUCGAAAAAGUACAACCGACCAUCUUUCGUGAUUCGCCUCGGAACAACCCCAGUCCUCGUGGUCAACUCGCACAGACAUGCCAGUGAAUUGUGGAUCCGCCAUUCUCUGGCUACAGGCUCCAGACCUGUUUUCCACACUUUCCACAAUGUUGUUUCGGCGACCCAGGGCUUCACAGUCGGUCUGACGCCCGCAGGAGCUUCGUGCCAGCGCAAGAAAAAGUGUAUUGGUAAACAGCUCUCACCACAGACGGUCGGACUGGAUUGGGCAGCCAGGAUCGUCAACAGACAGUCCGCAAAAACCGUACAGCAUCUUCUUCGAAAAAGCAUGGCCCGUUUUGGCUGCAGAACGCCGUACGACGAUUGGCUGCUUCUCCGUCAUGCCCAGUACUUCGUUUUAGGGUGUGCUUUGGAGUACACCUAUGGAAUCCGCUUAGAGGCGUAUGGAAUCCACCACGAUUUGGCCAAUGCGGUUGUGGAAACGGAGAAUAAGAUUAUCCGGCUCCGGCUGCCGCUAGCCAAUUACCAGGACUACCUUCCUGGCGUUCGGAACUUUGCCUUUUCGACCAAGGCAGAAAUGGCUGCAAAAUCGAGGGACCAAUACAUGGACGAGUUUUUCCGGGUAUUCCAGCGCAAUUUGCAGAAAAACCACCCAGAAGCUGUCUCCUGCCUCCUUGGCAGAGUAUUCACCCAGCCUGGCCGCCUCUCCCUAGCUGAAACCAAGAGUAUCUGUCUCACCAUGGUCAGUGCGGGUUUGGACAACAUCGCCUUGAGCUUUGACCACCUUAUGGGCCACUUGGCGACGCCAAAAGGGUACAAAAUGCAAGACCGGCUUUUCAAGGAGCUUAUAAAAAUUUAUCAAAAUUCCUCGGCUGCGUGGGACGCCGUGGCGUGUGAAAACACCUCAACCUACGCUUUAGCCUUGAUCCACGAAACCAUGCGGUUUUUCACGGUUUUGCCGUUGUCGCUUCCUCGGGAAACAACCAAGGAUGUUCUUUUCGAUGGCAUGUUGAUCCCUAGCGGCACCAUUCUCCUCAUGAACGCAUUUGCAGCGGAUCACGAUGAGGAGGUUUUUGAGAAACCGUACGAGUUCAUGCCUGAACGCUGGAUAGAUGAAAACGGGAAAAUCGUUGAUGAAAAAUACCUUCGUCAUUUUGGCUUUGGAGCAGGUUCGAGAAAAUGCUCGGGAAUCGCCUUGGCUGUCAAGGAAUUCUAUGUUUUGCUUUGUCGGAUGGUUCUCGUUUUCCACAUCAAAAGACCACUAAGUGCCGCAGACGAAAUGGAAAUGGAUCCAUUCAAAAACAACCUGUAUCCUUCUGCAACGUCCUUUGAACCGAAGGAGUUCAAGGUCUGGCUUAAACCUCGCUUUGCAGACGGGUUUGGCGAUCUUCAUAGUAAGAUAUUUGGCUAA